AUGGGCCCCUGUACCGCCUCCUCAUGCUGCUGCCAGGCCCGUUAAUCUGUCAUGGGCCCCUGUACCGCCUCCUCAUGCUGCUGCCAGGUCCAGAGUGUGCUCAUGGGUCCCUGUACGGCCUCCCAUUGCUGCUGUCUCCAUCGCCACACUCUGCCAUGUGCCACUUUCAGGUCUCCUCACCACUGCUGGUGGGGUUCCAUUUUGUCAUAGGGUGCUGGCAGAUUACAGGCCUCCAUUGCUGCUGCCAGGCCCGUAAUCUGCCAUGGGCCCCCCGUACCGACUCCUCAUGCUGCUGCCAGGCCCGUAAUCUGUCAUGGGCCCCUGUACCGCCCCCUCAUGCUGCUGCCAGGUCCGGGAGUGUGUCAUGGGUCCCUGUACGGCCUCCCAUUGCUGCUGUC